CUUGGCAAUUUUUCUGCGGCUUCUUCCUCCUCGCGCGGGCGUCUACUCCCCCCACCCCCCAACCGCCGAUUCGAAGCGUGCGACCGGAGAGGAGCGGCGCUUUGCGAGAGGAAGAAGAGAGAGGUAAGAUGGCCCGUACCAAGCAGACUGCUCGUAAAUCCACAGGAGGAAAGGCACCCAGGAAGCAGCUUGCCACCAAGGCUGCACGUAAGUCUGCUCCCACCACUGGAGGAGUUAAGAAGCCCCACCGUUACCGCCCUGGAACUGUUGCCCUCCGUGAAAUUCGCAAGUACCAGAAGAGCACUGAGCUUUUGAUCAGGAAGCUGCCCUUCCAGAGGCUUGUUAGGGAAAUCGCCCAGGACUUCAAGACUGAUCUGCGUUUCCAGAGCCAUGCAGUCCUUGCCCUCCAGGAAGCUGCGGAGGCAUACCUUGUUGGUCUCUUCGAGGACACCAACCUGUGCGCCAUUCACGCCAAGCGCGUGACCAUCAUGCCAAAGGACAUUCAGCUGGCCAGGAGGAUUCGCGGUGAGAGGGCUUAAAUUCCCCUCGACGAUUCCUUUGACAAACGAAGCAUGUGUUCUAGUGUUAGUAGUCGUUUAAUCUUUUGCUUAUAAAGGACAUUCCGAGUAGGGUGUGUUUUGUGGAACAUAAGUUUCUCUCUCUUGUGCACUAUAUGAUGGUGCUGUAAUCUCUUAUUGAUGGAUAAAUACUUGAUUAUCGUCCGUGUGUCCCGUAUUGUGCUAGCCUCUGAUUCGUGUGCGUCACUCCAGGCUAGCAAUGCUGCCUCUUUGGCCCUGUGCAUGGCUAGAUACUGCUACAUUGUAAUUUUCAUCUGUCUUUAAUCUGUUAAUGUGAUGUGUGUCAUCGUUCGUGUAUUUUUUAAA